AUGGAGCCCAGGGUGAUCUGCGUCUUGGUGUUGGCGUGUGUGCUGACCCUCAGCUCCCUGGCCCAGGGCAAGCUCGAGACGUGUGUGGUGGCCCCCCACCACAGAACAAACUGUGGCGUUCCGGGUAUCACGCCUUCCCAGUGUAAAGCCAAAGGCUGCUGUUUCGACAACACUGUUCGUGGAGUCCCGUGGUGCUUCCACCCUGUGGCCGUGGACAACACUAUUGACGGUAUGGCCAGGGAGGCUCUGUGGGGUCUGAAGGUGUAG